UAUUGUGAGAGGAGACACACACACACACACACAGAGAGAGAAGGGGAUUUAAAGUAUGGACUUCAACACUCACUGGACACUGCUGUUCAUCUUUCACUGGAGACUGAGCUCUGCUAUAAACUGGCUUGGCGUCCCUGUCAAUGGCUCGACUCUGGCCUGGAACCACACCCAGCAUUGCAGGCUGGUGAGCGGGCUGCUCCCAGACCAGGUGCAGAUCUGCCGUAGGAACCCGGAGCUCAUGAGGAGCGUCGUCUUCGCUGCCAAGCAGACCGGCCUGAUGUGCCAGCAAACCAUGGCGGACAUGCGCUGGAACUGCUCGUCCAUCCAUCUCGCUCCCCGCUUCACCGCGGACCUGGGCAGAGGAACACGAGAGUCGUCCUUCGUGUACGCCCUCUCCUCCGCGGCUCUCAGCCACUCCAUCGCUCGUUUCUGUGCCUCCGGAGACCUGCCGAGCUGCUCCUGCGAGGCGCCGCCGGCGGAGGUGCCCGACCGUGACUUCCGGUGGGGGGGCUGCGGGGACAACCUGCGCUACGGGCUCCAGCUCGGGUCCCUCUUCGCGGACGCCCCGGCCAGAGGUGGCAGGUCCAGCACCCAGGCCAACAAACUGAUGAACCUGCACAACAAUGAGGUCGGCAGGCGGACGCUGAUCGAAUCGAUGGAGAUCAAGUGCAAGUGUCACGGUGUUUCGGGCUCGUGUUCAGUGAAGACCUGCUGGAAGGGGCUCGGAGAGCUGAGCGGCAUCACGGUUGAGCUGAAGACCAAAUACCUGGCGGCCACCAGAGUCAUCCAUCGGCAUGUGGGCAAGAGAAAGCAGCUGGUGCCCAAAGAACUGGACGUGAGACCUGUCAGGGUCAGUGAGCUCAUCUACCUGGUCAGCUCCCCUGACUACUGCAGCAGAAGUGAGAAGCAAGGCUCCUAUGGGACCCAGGAGAGGCAAUGCAACAAGACGUCAGUGGGCAGUGACAGCUGUAAUCUGAUGUGCUGCGGGCGGGGGUACAAUGCCUACACAGACACUGUGGUGGAGCGUUGCAGCUGCAAGUACCACUGGUGCUGCUAUGUGACGUGCAAGAAAUGCGAGAGGACUGUGGUGAGGUAUGUCUGCAAGUAGAUAGCUCUGCAGAGCGGGCGACACCGAACCUAUCCAGAGCCCCGCACCAGACUGAAGCGUAGCCGACCGAGGGUGUGAAUUGAACCUUGGCAACGAUUUGGAAGCUGCGCCUACUCCAAUUUGACCAGACGCCAAGAGGAGAACAUUCCUCGGUUCCUCGCUGGGAAAACAAGCGGAAAUGAGACACAAACAUUCCUUGUGGGGUGGGUGGGGGGAAGCAAUACCACACCAGUGGGGAGGGUGUGUGUGUGUAUGUAUUGUAUGUGUGUGUGCUGCUGUAAAGGUUAUUCACCCCCUUUCUCCCUGCCCCCUGCAACACCACAGUCACCGCAAAGCCCACAAAGUUCAUCCGCUAAAGCCCCUCUCUGUGUAGCUGGUGGACUAGUGGUCACGUUUCAGCAGAUGGGGGACUUUCUUCCCGAGUCCCAAAGAACGGCUUAAACAUUUUAUGGGACACAAACUCAGGACCUGUGUCCGAGGAAUUGCCAAGUGAAGAGGAAGAUCGUCGAUGACCAAGGGAGAACGGACAGAGAGAGGGAGACAAGGGACACAGAAGCAAAGGAGGACCAUUUUGCCUGAAUCCGAGAACCAACACACAGAGCAGAGAGAGACUGUCUUCGGGGGAAACCGAAGGAUGUUACACCAACCAUGCUCACCCUGCUUGGCUGAAAUAUAUUUGUUAUAUGGAGGGAGGGAGUGUAGAAUCUCAUGUAUUGAUGCACAUCACACGGCCAUCCCAUGGGAUGCUAUGAACAUCCCAUUCGAGACAAGUGCUUGGAAGCAGAUUUCUGCAUUUAGCACAAUGUUAUAUGGAGUUAUUAUUUAUGGAAGUGACUUGUUUUUUGAAGGGAGGGGAGUGGGUGGUGGGGGG